UCGACGAAUAUCCGCCAGCAAGAAAGAAAAAAAAAACAAAAACAAAUCCACACUCCACCGGCAAGGGUGGCAUUUAAAUUUUGUGAUUAGGUAUAGUUGAUUGAACAUUAGAUUUUAAACAUUUAAUUUAUUCACAGACAUGGAAGAUAAAACCAAAAGAGACUUCACCGCCACGGUGAUCACCGAAAGCCUCAUCAAGCCGCAGGACCGAACUCGGUUCCAGGAGACGAAAGGGCGUUCAACCGAAAUGCUAAUACCGAAGAAGAAACCGGAUAAAUUGUCAAACAACCAUUCCAAACCGAAGAAGAAGCUAUCCCGCAAAGAAAUCAGUCAGAUGGGUAUCUAUGCUCUGCCGCAGGGCUCGAUUCGAUAUCAGCAGAUUGUCCCACUCCAUCGGCUUUGGUGUGGCUACAUGGCACGAUAUUUGAACAAUGAAAAGCUUCCGGAUGUAGUCGAUAUUCAGUACAAUCAGCUGGUAUCAAACAUACUGAAAGCCGACCUCCACGGAGCCAAAUUGAGCGUCGUGCGGACCAAGAACCCCAGCAUGAUUGGCAUCAAAGGCAUUGUCGUAUUGGAAACGAAAGGUACUUUCAAGGUAGUUUCCAAGGACAACAAGUUGCGCACAAUCCCGAAGAUUGAUUCAGUGUUCGCAUUUCACUGGAACAAUGUCGAUGUUAAUAUUUUUGGAAAACAAUUGAAUGCGAGGUCAGCCGAACGUUCGGUUAAAAAAGUUAAAGCGUUCCCUGAGUGCGAUUUAGAUUAAUUGUUAAAAUAUCGCUGUUUAUUAAUACAUUAAGAUGCUCUUGAGUUUUUUUUCCAAUGUAACGUAACCAUUUCGGUCAAUCACAUCUAUUUUAAUUUAUCGUUUCACAUAUGUAGGCGGAUACUUUACAUAUGAUGUUCCACUCGAUCAAUAAACCGAGUUCGGAUGAUGAUCGACAAACAAUA